AUGGAUUCGGGCGCGGACACCGCCGGCGAGGCGCUCGACGAAAUGCCCCAAGAGAAGAGGCGAAGAUUUGACGCCGAGCGCGACUCGUCGCCGUCGUCGCCGUGGGCGGGCCUCCAGGCUGACGCCCUGGGCGUCGUGCUCCGCUUCCUCCCCUGCCUCGCCGACCGCGCCAGGGUGCGGUCCGUGUGCCGCAACUGGCGCGCCGCCUCCCGCGGCCGCGGCGUGGCCCCGCCCCUGCCCGUGCUGGUGAUGCCCAGGUUCAGGUUCGCCGGCAUGACCCCCGGGGGCGUGCUGACGGCGACGGCGCGGCACGCUUGGAUGCCGUCGGAGGUGGAUGCCGAUCAUGCCGACUGCGUGGGAUCCUCUGAUGCGUGGCUCGUGGGCGCCAGGCAGGCCGGCGGCGAGUGCUUCUUGGUGAAUGCCUUCUCCCACGUGGUGCUCCAUCUACCGCGCCUGGGCGAUUCCGAUCACAGCCAUUGGGCCUGCUCACUGCGCAAAGUGGCGCUAUCUGGUUCACCUGAGACGGGACCCAAGUGCAUUGUGGCUGCUUUCGCGUUCUGCAGGUCCAAGCCUGAACUGGCGCUCUGGAGACCUGGGAUGAAGGCAUGGCGUGUUUGGCAGCAUUCUUUGAUUGCUGGGCAUAUCGAUAUGGCCUUCUAUCAGGGGAGACUGUACAUGCUCUGGAGGUUCUCGCCAUCCCUCUUCGUCUUUGAAAUCGCAGAGGAUGGGCAUGGGGUCAAGUUCUCUCGUAUGAAGGAUUGUCUGCUGGAGAAGCUCCUCCCUACCCCUCUUGGGUCCAAUCAUGUAUUGAGCUGCAACAUGGUGGAGUGGCGCGGAAGACUGUUGUUGAUCAUCAGAUACUAUGGUGGUUACCAAGUCAGGCACAGAGUUCUUAAGGUUGAAGUGUUUGCGAUGGACUUCAGCACGAAACCAAUUAGCCUAACUGAGAUCCACAGUUUUGGUGGCGACUGCAUCUUUGUUGGUUCAGGCGGCUGCAAGUCCUUUCCUGCUGGUCAGUACCGUGGAGUUGAAGGCGACCUUAUCUACUUUGUUCCUGAUCAUUACAACCCUCAUGAUGCAUUUGUGUACAACAUGAGAGAUGGAAAGACAAGGCUCAUUGUUGAGCCAUUGCCUCGCCGCAUUUGUGCACCAGUGCAGAGCCUCGGUUUCCCAGUGUGGUUGUUUCCUCCGGAGUAA